AUAAUCUAGUAGAGUGCCCUGUGGGGAUUAAUGAUUUUACCAUUUUGAAACUGGCUCACUUUAUACUGCAUGUGGUGUGCCAUGUCCCUAAGCCCUCCAUUUAGAAAUGUAUGAGGAACCUGGGGCUGCAUGUGGAGAGCGUGCCAGGAGACUCUCCAGAGAACCAUUUCAUUCCAUUGAAUUUUAUGGUUACAGGCUUGCAAGAUAUUGACAAGUGCCGCCAGCAACUUCAUGAUAUCAGCGUACCUUUAGAGGUUUUCGAAUAUAUAGAUCAAGGACGUAAUCCUCAGCUUUACACGAAAGAAUGUCUGGAAAGGGCUUUGGCUAAAAAUGAACAAGUAAAAGGAAAAAUUGACACUAUGAAGAAAUUUAAAAGCCUGUUGAUUCAAGAACUGACUAAAGUCUUCCCAGAGGAUAUGGCCAAAUACAAAGCUAUUCGAGGAGAAGAACCUCCUCCUUAAGACUGCCUUUGGAAUAUUCUAAGAUGCUGAAUGUUUUCAUGGAACUGACAAUCUCCUGUUGUGAAAAUGUUGAACUCGUGGGAGGGAGGAAGAACUUAAGUCUUCCUAGUAGGUAUGUUUGUGUAUGUCAUGGUUAUGGAUUGUGAGGGAGCAUGAUUACCACUCACUGUUUUUCAAAAGCAAUUAUAUUUUCCAACAGACUUUUAUACAUCUAAAGAUUGCAUUGAAACUUCCUCUGCUACUGUGGUAUUCUUUCCACAAAAGGUGUUUGAGGCAUGUGUGUGACUAGCAAGCUACUAUACAUAAUUUCCCACACUUCUAGAACGGAAAAGAAUUUUUAAAUAUAUAUUUUGAAUGAUCAAGUGCCAUAAUGUGGAUAAAUACACUUGUUUUGCAAGCUAGUUAUGCUUUAUUAUUGAAAUAGGCUGUAUCCUAUCUCCUGGGGGACAUAAUUGGCCACUGUUAACUAGCUGUUUCAAACCAUUUAUAAAAAUAUGAUUCAGCGGGAUUUUUUUCUAAAUUUCUGUUGAAAUGGAAAUUCAUUGUAAUUGUAAUUGUUGUCAUCCACAACCAAAAAGUCCCCUUCAGUGCUGUGAAUGGAAGGACUGGUGGCUGAGGAUGGAGAAACUGAACAUUUUCAAGAAUGGCAUCCCAGCAGUACUUAUUUUGUACAGUGUUGUUUGAUGUAGUAACAGAUUCUUUGUUAAAUAACUGUCACAUUUUCUUUGAGAAAAAUAUAUAAUAAAGACUUUGAAAUGGA